UAUUGAAACCUGGAAGUACUUGUUUUGCACAUCCGGGGUAUGGUCGGUGUUUACGUUACGUGAGUCCUCAGCAGCAUGCUAACCGGACAGUUUGUGGACCGGUAACGACUCUGAGACGUUGCCGUUAACAUCAGUUAGACACCCAGCCGGUUACCGGAGAAGCUUAUCCUCUUCACAGUUUGGAUUUAAGGAGAAAAACAGAGAAGAUGUCUCCGCCUGCCGAUGCUAAUGCUAAUGCUAAUGCUAAUGCUAACGUGGAUCAGAAGGUUCUGCAGUAUGAAACUUUCAUCAACGAAGUUCUGAGGAGAGAUUUACAGAGGGUGUUGGAGCAGAGAGACUCUGUGUAUGAGAAGAUCUCUCAGUAUCUGCAGCUGAAGAACACCAUACAGAGUCUGCAGGAGUCUGGCUCUCAGCAGCUGAAGACAGACGUGGAUCUCGGCUGUAACUUCUUCGUCCAGGCUGAAGUGGAGGACUCGUCCAGGAUCUAUGUGGCGGUCGGUUACGGUUUCUUCGUGGAGAUGACCCACGACGAAGCUCUGCGAUUCAUCGACAAGAAGACGAGUCAGCUCACAGCCUUCACAGAGCAGCUCACCAAAGACUCUGCAAAGAUUAAAGCCAACAUCCGCAUGGUGCUCGAGGGUCUGAGGGAGCUGCAGGGACUGACCGAUCUGCCAGAGAGCAGAAGAGAGGUCUUUUAGACGUGUCCACGUGUUGGACGAGCUGAGGACGUUCAGACCUGUUGACUUCACGUUCAACAGACUGAAGCUUUGUUCAGAUGGGACGAACAGACCUUGACUUUUAUACAAACUCAUCACUCAGGAUACUGUAACUAUGGUGACGGGAUAGGAUAUUAUGGUCUGUAACAGAGAAGGACAUUCAGCAGGACAGAUGUCUCCACAGGAGGGCGCCAGAGAGGCGAGCAGGAGGUGAAUUAGAGUCUCUCCUUCAUCACUCAGUGACCAUGAACACACAGACGUGAAACACAUGUUGAUCUCGUUCAGUGUGACGUCUCAACGUCUCUGAUGUUCGUCCAGACGAAAUAAACCCGCUCAGAAAUCAGAGACAAAAGAAUCAUCAUGUUUUAAGUUUUCCUCAGUCGUCCAUGUCGCUGCAGCGGCUGUGGGUCCGAUUCCGACCUGCGACCCUUUGCUGCCAUCAUCCCCUCUGUCUUCCCCGUCAUGCUGCCACCGUCCUGUCAGAUAGAGGUCAAGAAGACCAAAGAAAUAAUCUAAAACAAUAAUUAUAAUGUCACAGGAAGUGACUGAAGUUUCAAUGUGCUGCAGAGUGAAGAUUUUGUACAUUUAAAUUAUUUUCAUCAGACCUUAAAAACUCUUCAAUCACACCUCACUGCCAAGAAUAUGUGGACAGCUCAGUGUUUCCUGGUUUGGAAUCUGACCACUGCAGAGGACUCCUCAGAUAUUAUCAAACUGUAGACGUGACACUUUGAGGUGAAGAGACCUGCACAGUUAGUUGUCUCGUGUGUUCAGAGUUUUAAAUGUGGUGGUUCAGUUUGAAUAAACAGCUGCUGAGUGUUCUGCGUUC